UGUGUGGUGAUGUAUGUCAAUGUAUGUACACACACACAUCAAUAUAGAGAGAAUUCAAUUUGAACCAAACCAAACGUGAACGUAAAAAGCUGUUGACAGUAGGAAAUACAGUAGGUAAUAAGCAAGUAGGAGACGGUGGUGAAUAAAUAAAAAUGUUCGCGCGCGUAAAUGAAAGUAAGUAGGUGGUUCUCCGGCAUUCCAAUUGUCACCUUCGGGCGUUGCCUCGCGUGAAACCGUCGCGUUUCACUUUCUAACACGAUGGACGAUAAUAGUGCAAGGUUAGACAACGGACACGAGGUAGUUAAAGCCUUGUACGACUUCAAGGCCACAUUCGCCAAGACUCUCAGCUUCCGGGUUGGCGAGCAUUUCCUCUUGCUGCAGCGUAACGUCAAACAAAAGAAUUGGUGGCAGGUUGUAAAUAGAGGAGGACGUCUGGGCUAUAUACCAUCCAAUUAUGUUACCACUGUGAAAGUCCAACCGCAGUUUUUGAUUGAUUUCUUGGAAGACUGUAUAAUAACUUUGGAAACAGAAAAUAAUAAACAAGGUGACUCACUCCAUACCGACAAACAAGAUCUUUACGCACAACUGGUGGAAAAGAAAAAGCAAAUUGAGCUAAGCAGAAAAUCUAAGAGACAGGCACCUAAACCACCAGAUUUUGAAUGUAGCAUUGUAUCUGGAGAAACAGAUGUGGUGACUGUUUGUGAUAAUAUCGAAGCAGAUGUUAGAUCAGCACCGAGUAAUACUUCUUAUGCAACAGCACGGACCACUCUUCAUGGUAAUGCAAAUGCAGAUGUCGUUCAGACAAUUACUCAAACUCAACGACCAGCGACUGAAAAUGAACGCGUACAAUCGUUUCCUCGUCAAUCAUCUUCAAAUACUGUGCAAAAAAUGCAGACACAGGUCACAGAUGUUCGUAAAAGUUCCUCCCAGGGUAGCAUGCAAAAUAUAUGUAAUAGUUCGCCAACUAAAUGCAACUCGUCAGCUAAAAAUGGCUCACCCGUUAAAAACAAUUCAUCAUUACAAGCCAUCAAUUCGCGAAGUGCUUACCAACUGCUUGAUCAAGUGCGCAGAAAUACUCAACUUAGUCAUGAAAUGUCAAAGGUAGCAGUAACAGUCGUAGUGUCUGGCCUACAACAAUUGCUCCCAGAAAGUGUGAGUCAUUAUCUUGAUGCUUUGUUGCAUCAGCUACAAACACCAUUGACUGUGUCAAAAAUGAGUAUAGAAGAAACUUAUGAUGCUAAUAGGUUGAGAAUAAUUUUUACCGAACUAACUUCAUGCAAGGAAGAUUCACAACAAAGAAGUUGGAUGCUUUAUGAAGAUGAAUCUAUCAUUGUGGAAUACAUCAAAGAACUUACGGAAAUAUUGACCAAUGCUGAUGCAAAUGUAUCGAGAUAUGUUUUGAGGCAAGAUCGAUACAAUGGAGUAACAAUAUUGAUACAGUAUUAUCAAAUGGAGACAAGGUGGACUAUCAGACAAUUGUUGUUGCAAUCAUUUGGUGUUAUGUGCAGUUUGGAUUCAGUGGUUCUAACUAUAAUGUUAAAUAGUAUUUUACCAAUGGAAUUAGCAAGAGAUAUGAGAAGUAAUCCUAGAAAUGUAGUAAGAUUAAAUUAUUCCUCUUUACUACUUACAAUGAUCUUUUCAAUGGGUGAACCCAUGCCAGUUACACAUUUGGAACAACUCGGCCCAGAUUUUAUAUCGUUCCUUCUGGAUUUGAUAGAAACACCACCUGAUACAGAUUUAGAGGAUCAAAUUCCAGACUUGUUCAUAAAUUUAAUAUUAUCUUACAAUCUGCAAUUUACAAGUUCUGAGAAUAUGGUUCUAAAUGCUCUACGUGAACGGACUGUGGCCAAAACUUUUACUGAAAAAAUUUUAUUUCUUUUUAACAGAGAAGAGGAUCCGGUACGAAUAUUUGAUCAUGAGCCUCAACCGCCGCAUUCUGUAUUGAAACUUUUUAUCGAUUUAUUUAGUAACGAUGCCAUAGCAAGUCUCUUUUACACCAAUGAUGUGAAAGUUCUCAUUGACAUUAUUUUACGGCAACUUUUCGAUAUGUUCCCGGGUGAUAAGCGUAGACAAUAUUUAGAACUUUGCCGUCGAGUUCUACGUACUUCGAGUUAUAAUGAGCAUCGUCAUCGAUCUGAAGAUUUGUUAAAAUGUUUCACAAGAAUAUUCUGCGAGGAAACAACAGAGAGCCAAGAAGAUCAGAAAGUGGUACGCGAAAUUAGCAACGAAUUUCCACAUUUAUUUAAGAUGUGACAUUUAAUUUCAUCCUCUGAUCAAGAUUUAGAGGAAGAUGACUUACAAACUCUCGUCUAAAUAUAGACCUGUGAAUUUAUUAAAAAGAAAUCAAAUUCA